AUGCGGGUCAGGAUACGAUCUCUAAGAUUUAGGUUGUGGGGUAACACCAAGAUGACAAUAAUUGAUGAACUUGAGUUGAAAUUAUAUCCUAAAGCUCAAUCGAAGAGACAAAAGAAGAACUUGUCAACUUCAAGUGAGGACAACAUAAAUUCACUAGAUAAUGAUAUUUGCGUUUAUCCAAAGAAUUACCCCCUCAAGCGAUUAGUACGAUUCAUUAUACGGCGUUUGCCAAGUCUAGAUAUUGAAAUGCGAAACACAACCAUAUAUUCUGCAUUGGACUACAAAACCACCAUAGAUUACCUCAAGUACAAUGCCAAGUCACGAGAUAGCUUAAGACAUGAGGAUCGUCUCAAGUUCAGAACCAGCCUACUUGUCAGUAAUGUAUUUCAUGAAAUCAAGACAAAAGAUGAUGUAUUGACACCAUUCAAGUUGGGAAGUUUCAGAGUGGAGUUUAAGUUUCUGAUUGAUUACAAGAGUGGAAUCAUUGGUGGAUUCAUUGGAAAGAUCAAUGUUUCGGAGAGUAAUAUUCUGGUGUUUAAUACCAUCAAAUAUUACAUACUACACGACGAGUUGAAACAAGCAAAACAGAAUAAGUAUUUCGCUCGUGGAAACAAAUCGGAACACAAACAUGAAGACUCUAAUGCCCAAGCCAGGCAAGAAAAAUUGGAAAAGAUAUUCCAAAUUAUACACAAGUUACUUUCAGAUGUCACUGUACAUAUUGAAAACUCGAAAAUUUCAGAAAUUCCAUUUGUGACUAUUCAAAACAAUGUACAAAUCGCUGAAUAUUAUAGUGAAAUCAAACCAAAGACAUCUUUGGAAUUGUUGACAAAAUCAGUAUCGUUCAACAUUUCACGAUUGUAUGGAGAUGCGGCCGGAUUUGAAGUUUUAUUCAACCCCAAACAGGAUAUCCCAUUCCAUUCCACCCUUUCAAUUCAACUUUUCCGAUUAUUUUUUGUUAAGCGAGUCAAUUUAAUCAGUGGGGCUUAUGGUAAAGAAACUGAUGAAAUAUUGAGCAUGCCAAACUACUCAUUUACUCACAAAACUAAUCUUUUGAGUCAAGUUGUUCAAGCCAAAGGAUUCAAAAAUUGUGUAAUGGAGGUCUUUUCUUCGGCCAGUUCACCUAUUUUUGAUGUUGACUCACGCCAAUUGAGUGCAAUUUUGUACAAUAUGGUGUUGUUCAAAAAGUGGCUAACAGUGCGAAAAUUGCUCAAGAAAACAAACAACUGUAAAGAAGAUAGCUUAACUAAAGUUCAGCAAAAUGAGGAGGAGGAGGAGGAGGAGCAUGGUAAACAGGAAUCACUCAAGGCCAAGCUCUGGAGAUAUGUAAACGAAUAUUACCCCAAAUUGGAUAUCAAAUUUGUUGUUGAGCAGCCACGUUUUAUCCUACGAAACUUUGAUGAUGGCGAUAAUACUCAAUUGUUGGAUUUUUCCUGCUCGUUGAUGAAUUUCAAUCUAUCCACCACUCUGACCCGCGACUAUGCUUCUAAUUUAGAGGUUUUGUAUCCCAGUAUCAAAUAUCUUGCAAAAGAAAACACUAGUGCAAGUGCAUCUUCUUUGGAUCCAGUGCAGAAGGAGAUUUUCGGUCUCAGACUUGUCAAUAUGAAGAUCGAUAUUUUCAAGAAUUUGACAGUUGCCUCAAUUCUUGAGUUGCAUGGAUUAUCGGUACAAUUGACUAGUCUUGAAAUUUUUAAAGGUGUUCAUUGGCUUCUCCUGGAUGUGACAAAAUUGGCAGAAACUGAUCUUGAAAUUGGAGCAUUAAACAAACAGUUGAAUGACGAGCUCAAUUACUUAAAGACAACGUUGCGAAAAGAGGUUCGAAAAACCUCAAGCUUUAAAAAAGCUGAACCAACAAGUACCAAAGACAAGAUCUUCAGACAUUUACCCUCCUGGCUUGCUGAAGCUGAAGUGAGAGCUACUGAUUGGGAUAUAUUUAUUGGAUCACGAUCGGUUUUGAUCCCAAAGCAAGAUUUGUUUAAAUCGGACACUACCGACUUACAAUAUGAUACAGAUGAAAGUCACGAGUUGAGGAAAGUCAAUAUUAGAUUCGAUACCUUCAAAGCUGGAGUUGCAAAUCACGGAGCGCAAAGGAUGGAUGAUAAAAGAGCAAAUGACUCAUCCUCCUCCUCUCUGGACACUCUCACUUCAUUUGUUCAAGAUUCUGAGUACUGGUCUGCAAGUAGUAGUCUUGAGAAGUUUCAAAUCAUCAUGCCUGAUGACAGCAGCACCAAAAAUUCCAAUGCUGAACCACUUGUUGAGAUUCCAACAAUCGAUUUGACCGUUGAUUCUGUAAGUGAUUAUCAGGGACAUAAUCAGUUGAUAAUUCUGCAGAAUGUAGACAAAUUGCAAGUAUUCUACAACAGGUAUAAGUUGUUCACCUUGAUUGGUUCAAUAUACUUGGUUCGAGAAUUUAUAGUUAGCCCACUCAAGAUGAUGAAGCUAAAAUUAAGGAAAGAUUUAGACAAAUUUGAAGAUCCAACAGUGGUAGCCCCUCAGGAUCAAGCUUCGAAUAAACUGGUGCUUGAUUUUGUUCAAGCAAGCUUCACCUUGCAAACACUGGAUAUAGUCUUACAAAUUGCUGAUGCAUACAAUAUCAAGGUACAAUUAUCAGAUACACAUGUUGAAUUGGCCAACAAGGUGAUUAAAUUGACAUUGUUCUUUAUAAGAUGUCUUGCAGACUCUCCUAGUGUGAAGGGUAAAUGGUGCCGCUUGCUUUGCCUCGAUUCUUUAAGUUUAGCUCUUGAGAUUCCAAAGUCAGUCCGUGAUUUGAACAUUGAUGUGCAUACAGACGCAAUUAGGUUAAUCCAACCACAUAAAUUCAUUGUUUACGAGUUGUUUGAUAAUUUGUCUCUCACAGCAAAACUUUCAAAACAUCUUGUAACUUUGCUCAAGGCUGAUGAUGCCAAGGAAGGUGCAAAUGUUGUUCACCCUCACGAAAUGAAGCCUAUUUCAUUGCCCAACUUGAGUAUAAAGUCCAACCAUUUGAAGUUUACUAUGGAAGAUGAUCCUUUUGAAACGGAAUUGAAUAUGAUUUUCCAAUUGGGUAAAACUGAGCAAAGAAAGAGAUUGGAAUUGUUUUCCCUAUUUGAAGCUAAAGAAGCCCAGCUUGGCGAUGAUAAAGACUAUUUCUCAAGGUUGGAGAAAUUAAACACAACUAUAUCAGAAUCUUGGAUGAGAAAAGUCAAAAUCUAUCAGCAACAGUUAAGAGAGGAGAUUGUGGCGCAUAAGGAUUAUCUAUUUGGUAAUGAGUGCCGGUUUCAUCCAGACUAUAACAAAAAUGUGGUGGCAUACCCAUAUGAUGCCCCUCUCUUAACAAUUGGAAUGGAAGGAUUUAAUUUAAACCUAUCAAAACCUGAUUUUGGUCUUGAGCAUAUUUCCGAUUUUAUCCACGACGUUGGUCAAGGUGUUCCAAAGGAUACAAAGUAUUCCGUGAUGGUUCCCAUGUAUUUGGAUUUGAAAUUGGCCGAAAUGAGGAUGCAAUUACGUGACUACCCUCUUCCCAUUUUGUAUUCCCCAAGAAAUAAAAAUACCGCCAAUGCAAGCUUAUUGCUUAGAGGUGAUUUGGUUAUUAGUGAAAAAUUUGUCACUGACAAGGAGGAAAUUAGACAAUUACAUGUUCCUUUAAUUGCUCGCAACAAGGAUGACGCUAAUCGGUAUGACUUGUUGACAGUUGAGAAAACGCUUUCGUCAGUAAAGAUGUAUACCAAAAUGGCUUGUGAUUUCAACUCCGACUACCCCACCAGGAUUGUUUGGGGUACUUCAUACAACUUUGGAAUCCAACAAUUUAUGUUGAAUUUUGAUCAAUUUUCAAAGCCUCCGGUUGACCCGUCGCAAAAAUUGGGAUUUUGGGAUAAGCUCAAGUAUGUUCUUCAUGGAAGCUGUGUUAUCAAAACUAGGAAAAGCUUGGAGGUUGGAUUCAAAGGAUCAAGAGACCCCUACGAAUUGUUGUCGACUUCUGGUGGAUUUGUUCUUUCGUUUAGAAAGAAUGUGGUUUGGAAGAUUAACAAGGAUGAUGAUUCAAGAAACUUUUUUGACAUCACUUCGGAUAAAGUAUCAUGGUAUAUUCCCAACUACUUGGCAACGCCGUUACUAGCCUGGACUAGAAGUAGUAUUGAUUCAGUCUAUCUACCGGACUCGCCUCAUUUUAUAACCACUUGCUUUGGCUAUUAUCUUGAAGAUUCUGCUACAAAACCAGAUUUCAAUUUGCUAAACAAGGUAUUUGGCAAAAAUGUUAUAAGCUUAAGUGGAGGUAUCGAGUUUCAUGUUGGGUUCUUGUUACAACGAAAGGCUGAUGGUAAAAGAGUUGAAGAUUUCAAACCACAUUACGACGUCCAUCUAAUAAAUCCAAAGUAUUGCGAAGACGGACAUGACUCAUAUGCUGGUUUCAGAAGUGAGUAUGUUCAUAUGGCGAUAUCCUUAGUAGCUGACAGAGACACCAGUUACAACACUAUCCAUCUAAGCCCAGGAGCCUUUAACCAAUUUUUUGCAUGGUGGAAGUUGUUUUCUAGUAAUAUGAUGUUGCCGAUUAGAAGGGGUCCAUUGUUUGGCGAAACCAAGAAAUCCGUCAAGUUUUCUGAGCACUUAUUCACAAACAAGUUUUCCUUCUUUUUGAAAUCGUUGUUCAUUGCACACAUGUACCGAGAUGAGGUUAUUGACGUUGAUGAUGAUAGGAUUGAAUGCAUUGGAUUGAGAGCAAAAGUUGAUGAAUUUUCUGUUGAUUUGCACCAGCGUAAACAGCCUGUGACUUUGUAUCACGAGGAGCUUUCUAAACGGACAAAAGUCAUGAAGAUGAAUUUCAAUGUUGGAGAAGUGACUCUUUCAAAUAUUGAUUUGCGGGCUGUGCAUUCCAGCUUUUCGCAAAACUUGUACCAGGAAACAAAGAAAGACUAUAAUGAUAAAAAUUCCGAGUACAACAUUUAUGGAGGUGACAAGAUCUGGUUUGACAUUCAGGAUUAUGAAGAAGCGUUUUUACCUUCGUUAAAGUGUAGUCCAAGAAAAGUUGAAAUCCACCCCCUUAUGUUCUCCCAAAGGUUUUCCUAUGAAAGGGAUACCGAAAAUGAUGCCGAUAAAAAUCAAGAUGACGACCAGUUUGGUAAUGAGGACAUACACAAUUGUCGUAUUCACGCCAACAAUGAAUCUGAUCUGAGAGUUGGCUUGUUGGAGAAUAGAUUAAAAGCGCUCAAUCAACAGAUUACAAAGGUACGCAACAAAGGUGCUUCCGUUGGGGAGUUGGAGGAACGACUUGCAUUUGUGAAGCGUAUGCUUGAUCAGGCAAAGAGAGGUGUAUCCUCUUAUCAAAGACAAACCUCGAUUGUAUCCCUCGAAAGGGAGGAGCACUUUCAUAACAAAUUCACGUGGCUGAGUAUGUUAUUGAAAUGGAAUAGGACCUGCCGUGACAAUGUCAUGAGAUACAUCCAUUUUGUCCAAUUAAAGGCAGCGAUGAAGAAAUACUUGUCGCAUGAAUCAAUUGCAACUCUUGAAAAGUUUAUUGAAGAGAAUGGUCCUGGAUCUGAUACGGAUUCUCUUGCAUCGUCAGCUGAAACCGACGAUCAAUUUGUCGGUCAUGGCGAGGACGAAUUAAGAGUCAAAUCGAGAUCAGAGGAUUUGACUUCAAACGACAGACUUGUUAAUUUCACCAAAAUUUUGAGAGAGUUAAAGGGUAACGAGUCAUUAUCCGAGGAUUAUUUAAUUGAAAUAGUGUCACCUCAGAUUCAACUUCAAAGUGAUGAGUCUCCUGACUCAGUUGUCAUUGUAUCAACGCCUACCAUUAGGGGCAAAUAUGUGUCGGUGUUGAAUUCUAAAGAAACAGCCAAUGCGGAAGUCUUGGAGAAAAGAUUUGGGAUUGUACUACAAGAUGCCAGUGUUUUUGUUUUGAACAAAAAGGAUGUCUUGGGUAGUGAUCGAAUGAUCAUUACUGCCAAUCCUUAUGGUGCCGAAGCUAACUGGCCACCAUGGCUAGGAUCAGAAAUUACUCAAAAUGGUAAAUGGGCCGGUGAAAACCAACUUCUUAUACAAAACUUGUCGGUCAUGGUUUUGUUUUACGAUACCGAGAUAAUGAGCAGCAAAUUAUCAAAACCUAAAGAUGACACUUCGGUUACAGAAGCAGAAGAUCACAAGCCAACUUCAAGUUUGGAAGCACCAAAGAGAUUGCGUAUUGAUAUGCCUUCGGUUGUUAUGACCUCGACAUCAUCGCAAUACUUUUCCUUAUAUGUGAUAAUCAUCAGUCUUUUGUUUUACAGUGAACCGAUGAGUAAAGCCAUAGCUGAAAAGAUUGAAAAGAUGAAAUUUUCAAUCGACUUUGACAACCUAGCCGAUGUUGCCGAUAAAUUAAAAGGUUUGCAACUGUAUUACCGUAUUCUUAAGUUGUUGAAUGCAAACUAUAGUUUCAGAAAGGGCCACAUGACCAAUGAGGAUUUGAAUAAUUAUCUACAAUUGAAUUUAGAGACGGGAGAUAUUGCUAGUGAAAUUUAUCUCUUGUUGAGAACAUUGCUUACAGGUGAUUUUUUCAGCGAUACAUCAAACUACCCGCAGAUAUCUUGGUUGAUAAAAGCUGAUGAGAUUAUUUUGCAUAUUCUUGAGGAUGAUCGAACACCCAUUGUGGAUGUUGCCCUUGCCAAUGGAGUCUACAAGAGAAAGGAACUAGAAAGUGGAUCCAACUUGAACCAAAUCCAAAUUCAAAUGUUGCAAGGAUUCAACCUCAUCAAGAAUGCUAGGUAUCCCGAUUUUAUUGGCCCCUUUGACAUUGGUCAAAAUCAAUCUGAAAAAUUGAUUGAUUUACAAUGGACAAUGAAUAGAUCAGUUGGUGGAAUAAAGAUUGUCGAAAAUUUACAAGUAAACUCUUUACCGUUGAACAUCAAAGUUGAUGAAAUAACUGGUGAGAAACUUAUGAACUUUAUUUUCCAAACUGAUUCGGCUGACAUUAAAGAAAGCAAAGUGAUUGAAUUGGUCAAUAAUACAGAAGCCAAGGAGAAAGAAAUUGAAGAUCCUUUUGAUCAAGAUCAAUAUGGCUUGGUAGAAGAGACUGAAGGAGCAAACAAGAGUGCCAAACUUGAUAAGCAACUACAAGAACGAAGCAUGACUAGCUCUAAAAUGAACAAACGGAGUUUGACUCGCCUUUCAGGAAAGCGUCCUCCUAGUAGCAAAGGUAGUGGUGGUGGUAGUGAUGACGCUGAAGAAGAUGCUGAGCAAGUUGAUAAAAUGAUUGAAAGGUCGAAACAAUAUUUCUCAAUUAUUUCCCUCACGGUUAAAGCCAUUACAUUGCGAAUCACAAUCAAAUUAAACAAGGGAUACAAAAGAUUAUUAAAUGUUCAUGAUUUUAAAGUUGAUUUACCUGAAUUAAUAAUCAAAAAUCGGAUUCUUUCAUUUAUCGAUUUGACGGAAAUCGUCAAGAAGUUGGUUUUGAAGAGUCUUUGGAGUCAUACUGGUCGAUUAUUGGCCAACAAGUUGAGCUCAAAUGAUACGUCGCUGGAUAUGAUGAAUCAUGAGCGGUUAAAAUCGGUGAAGACGUACAACAAGUUUAUUCCAAUCCGUGAAUUGACCAUUGUUAAAAGCAAAGAAUAG